AUGACCAACAUGAGCUGGAGCUUCCUGACGCGGCUGCUGGAGGAGAUCCACCACCACUCCACGUUCGUGGGCAAGGUGUGGCUCACGGUGCUGGUGGUCUUCCGCAUCGUGCUCACGGCCGUGGGCGGCGAGGCCAUCUACUCGGACGAGCAGACCAAGUUCACCUGCAACACCAAGCAGCCGGGCUGCGACAACGUCUGCUACGACGCCUUCGCGCCCCUGUCCCACGUGCGCUUCUGGGUCUUCCAGAUCGUGGUCAUCUCCACGCCCUCCGUCAUGUACCUGGGCUACGCCGUGCACCGCCUGGCCCGCGCCGCCACGCGCGAGCGCCGCCGCGCGCCCCCGCCGCCGCCCGCGCCCGCCCACCCCGCCUGGCCCGAGCCCGGGGACCUGGGCGAGGAGGAGCCCAUGCUGAGCCUGGGCGAGGACGACGAGGAGCCGGGGCCGGCCGACGGCCUGGGCGCGGAGGACCCGGCGGAGGCGGCGAGCGCGGCCAAGGGCCUCGGCGGCGGGGACGCCCAGGCGGCGGGGGCCCCGGGCGCCCACGGGCCGCACGACGGGCGGCGGCGCAUCCAGCGCGAGGGCCUGAUGCGCGUGUACGUGGCGCAGCUGGUGGCGCGGGCCGCCUUCGAGGUGGCCUUCCUGGUGGGCCAGUACCUGCUGUACGGCUUCGAGGUGCCGCCCUUCUUCCCCUGCAGCCGCCGGCCCUGCCCGCACGUGGUCGACUGCUUCGUGUCGCGGCCCACGGAGAAGACGGUCUUCCUGCUGGUCAUGUACGUGGUCAGCUGCCUGUGCCUGCUGCUCAACCUGUGCGAGAUGGCGCACCUGGGCCUGGGCAGCGCCAAGGACGCCGUGCGCGCCCGCCGCCCCGCGCCGCCCGGCCCCGGCCCCGCGCGCCGCCCGCCGCCCGGCCCGCCGCCCGCCGCCGCCGGCCUGGCCUUCCCGCCCGACUACAGCCUGGUGGUGCGCGCCCCCGGCCCCGCCCUGCGCGGCCCCGCGCUGCCCGCCCUGCGGGACCCCGACCGCCCGCCCUGCCCCGGCCUCCCCGCCGCCCGGGGGCCCCCGCGGGCCGGCGCCUCGGCUUCCGGCUCGGGCAGCGCCACGUCGGGGGGCACGGGCGGGGACCAGGGCCGGCCCGGCGCCAAACUCAGGGCGGGCUCCGAGAAAGGCAGUGCCAGCAGCCGGGAGGGCAAGACCACCGUCUGGAUCUGA